UCUUCUUCACCUUCCUUCUCCUCUCAAUUCCGCCGCCUCUUUUGCCCGCUUUUCGCGCUGUUUCCAAGCAUUUGCUCGCAUUUCUGCAUUUCAGCAUGGUUGGGAGCAGCGUUGGACUGGAGGCAGCGAUGGCGUCCAACGGAUCUUUGGUUAACGGAAAGGCUUCGGAUCGGAUGACGGCGGCAGGAGAGCUAGCCUUUGAUCCCGAGCCGGUGCCGUCGGACGGUGUAGAUCUGGAGAUCACGAGAGAGAUCGUUUUGGGGAAGAACGUGCACACCACGUGCUUUGAGGUGACGGAGCCCGACGCCGACGACGAAUCUACCGGCGAUAAGGAUGCGUACAUGGCCAGUGUGUUGGCGAGGUACCGCAAGACGCUCGUGGAAAGGACUAAGCACCAUUUAGGAUAUCCAUACAAUCUGGACUUUGAUUAUGGUGCUCUUGGUCAGCUGCAGCAUUUCUCUAUUAACAAUCUUGGAGAUCCCUUCAUUGAGAGCAAUUACGGUGUGCACUCUAGACAGUUUGAAGUGGGUGUUUUAGAUUGGUUUGCCCGCCUGUGGGAAAUUGAGAAGGAUGACUACUGGGGAUACAUCACAAACUGUGGAACUGAGGGUAAUCUUCACGGGAUCCUUGUUGGAAGAGAAGUUUUCCCUGAUGGAGUUUUGUACGGAUCAAAGGAGUCCCAUUACUCCGUCUUCAAAGCAGCAAGAAUGUACAGAAUGGAGUGCGUAAAAGUUGCGACUUUGGUCACUGGAGAGAUUGACUGUGCAGAUUUUAAAGAACAGCUGCUUCAGAACAAGAAUAAGCCAGCGAUCAUUAAUGUGAAUAUAGGAACCACAGUUAAAGGGGCUGUUGAUGACCUCGAUCUUGUUAUAAAAACCCUUGAAGAAUGUGGAUUUUCACAUGAUAGAUUCUACAUUCAUUGCGAUGGUGCUUUGUUUGGUCUAAUGAUGCCAUUUGUUAAAAAGGCACCGAAAGUUUCAUUCAAGAAGCCAAUUGGAAGUGUUAGUGUUUCAGGCCACAAGUUUGUGGGAUGCCCAAUGCCCUGUGGAGUGCAAAUAACGCGGCUGAAACACAUAAAUGCUCUCUCAAGCAAUGUAGAAUAUCUUGCAUCUAGAGAUGCAACAAUCAUGGGAAGCCGGAAUGGUCAUGCUCCAAUCUUCUUGUGGUACACUCUAAACAGAAAAGGCUACAAAGGAUUCCAAAAAGAAGUCCAAAAGUGCCUCAGAAACGCUCACUAUUUGAAAGACCGACUCAGGGAUGCAGGGAUCAGUGCCAUGCUCAACGAGCUGAGCAGUACUGUAGUGUUUGAACGGCCUCGAGAUGAAGAAUUUGUUCGCCGUUGGCAACUUGCCUGUGAGAGGAACAUGGCACAUAUUGUUGUGAUGCCAAAUGUGACCAUUGAGAAGCUGGAUUACUUCCUGAAUGAAUUAAUUCAAGGGCGAUCGAUUUGGUAUAAAGACGAAAAAGUUCGCCCGCCUUGUCUAGCAACAGAUAUUGGGACCUACAACUGUUGUUGCGAUCUUCACAAGUGAUGUAUCUGUAGUUGAGAGGAUUUAGUUGAUUUCUGUGUCGAAACUCUUCUCUUUAGAAAUAUGUAUCACGUCAUGUUUGUAAUAAGAAUGAAGAAGAUUGUGUUUUUGAGCAGAAGUAUUUGAAGUGGUUGUUAUAGAAUUUCCAAUAUGCAGCGACAA